GUUCCACUAUAUAAGAGCCCAGGCUACACAACUUUGGUUGAAAUGAAGAAAAUAUUGCAAAGCAUAGUUAUGGAACAAAAUGUUAUUUUCUAUGGAAUUGUUGUGAUUCUUAGCUAUGUGACUAUAGUUGAAGCUACAAUAUUAUUAACCAAUGAUAUCAAUAAGUCCCUCAAUCGGAGUAGUUUCCCUGAAGGUUUUAUUUUUGGAACAGCUUCAUCAGCUUACCAGUAUGAAGGUGCAGCAAAUGUUGGUGGCAGAGGACCAAGUAUAUGGGAUGCUUUCACGCAUAAAUAUCCAGGUAAGAUAACGGAUAGAAGCAAUGGAGAUGUAGCCAUCGAUGAAUACCAUCGUUAUAAGGAAGAUGUUGAGAUCAUGAAGGACAUCAACAUGGAUGCUUAUAGAUUCUCCAUCUCUUGGUCCAGAAUACUUCCAAAAGGAAAACUUGAUGGAGGUGUAAAUAAGGAAGGAAUCAAUUAUUAUAACAACCUCAUCAAUGAACUGCUAGCCAAAGGUCUUCAACCCUUUGUAACCCUUUUUCAUUGGGACCUACCUCAAACACUUGAAGAAGAAUAUAGUGGUUUUUUAAGUCCAAAUAUAGUGAAUGAUUUUCGAGAUUAUGCAGAGCUUUGCUUUAAAGUAUUUGGAAAUAGAGUAAAACAUUGGAUCACGUUAAAUGAACCAUGGUCCUUUGCCAAUCAUGCUUAUGCUGAAGGGGUGUUUGCACCUGGACGAUGUUCCCCUUGGCAAAACCUAAAUUGCACUGGUGGAGAUUCCGCCACUGAACCCUAUAUAGUGGCUCACAAUCAAUUACUUGCUCAUGCAUUAGCUGUUAAUGUCUACAAAACUAAAUAUCAGGCAUCUCAAAAGGGCAAGAUAGGGAUAACACUAGUGUCUCACUGGGUGAUGCCACUCAAUAAUACAGAAUUGGAUCAUCAAGCUGCACAAAGAGCCAUAGAUUUCAUAUAUGGAUGGUUUAUGGAUCCAUUGACAUUAGGAGAUUAUCCAAGCUCCAUGAGGUCCUUGGUAGGGAACCGAUUACCAAAAUUCUCAAUAUAUCAAGCAAAGCUUGUAAAAGGGUCCUUUGAUUUCAUUGGAUUAAACUAUUAUACUUCCACUUAUGCAACUAAUGCACCAGAAUUAAGUGAAGCUAAGCCCAGCUACACUACUGAUUCACUUGCUAUUCUUACACAGGAGCGCAAUGGAAUACCUAUUGGUCCAACGGCAGCUUCAUUUUGGAUGUCAAUUUAUCCAAAGGGAAUUCGUGAACUUUUAAUCUAUACUAAAACAAAAUACAACAACCCUUUGAUUUACAUCACUGAAAAUGGCAUGGAUGAGCUUGAUGAUCCAACACUCCUUCUUGAGAAAGCCCUUGAAGAUACAAUUAGAGUUGAUUACUACUAUAAUCAUCUCUAUUAUCUUCGAACUGCUAUUGAGGAUGGCGUGAAUGUAAAAGGAUAUUUUGCAUGGUCUUUGAUUGACAACUUCGAAUGGAGUUCAGGAUACACAAUGAGAUUUGGAUUAUACUUUGUAGAUUACAAUAAUGGCAUGAAAAGAUAUCCAAAAAUGUCGGCUAUCUGGUUUAAGAAUUUCCUACAACACAAAAUUGUUAAAUAUAGUGAUUCAUGCUAAAAAAAAAACUUAAUUUAUCAGUAAUAACUUAGAAACUUAAAUUGUUGAUACCAUGAGAAAUUAACAAUAUUCAGUGGUAACAUUUCUAUAUGUCUAAUUAAUUGUGUAUGUAUAUAAGGUGUGUAAUGCUGAAUGGUUUGACU